AUGGCCGCUACCGGUCGAGGAGGAGGAUACGGGGCGGCUACGGCUGCUGACGAUUCGGACUACUGCUCUGGGCGACUGCGAGCGGGCUGCGGCGGCCCGCGCGGAUUUAUGCCCGGCCCGCCCCCCGGCCGGCGCCGCCGCCGCCACCGCCACCGUCGGAACCGCGCUGCCACCAGACCCUUCGACUCCCCUCCGCCCCCCCCCCUUCCCCAAGCGGUGACACUGUCGUCACGCCAGCCAUCGCCAGACUUUGAGUCAGCGCGCUGUCGCCACCCCGACAGAGGUAGAAUGUUCGGCCAAAAUCUUAUCGCUCGAACGCUGCGGCGGGAGGGUGUUGCCAGUUCUUCAAUGAAUGUUCUCCUGAAUAUGACAUAUACUUCAAUGGAUGUUUUCCUGAAUACGCCGUCGCAGGCGCCCCAGACGGCCGCGAGGGCGAAGAAGAGCGGCGCGUCGUCGGGGUGCGGCCGCCAGUGCAGCAGCCCCAGCAGCAGCGCCGAGUGCAGCACGGCCGCCGUCAGCACCACGGGCGGCCGCCCGGUCGCCUUCACCGCCCAGCCGCCCACCAGCGCCGCCGCCGAGUUGGCCGCGCCGUAGCAGAUCAUCACGUAGCCGAUGUAGCGGAUGCCCCACGCGCACGACACGAACGCCUGCCGCGCCAGCCGCAACCAGGGAAGCGGGAUCCAUUGGACGCAGGCCUCUUAAUGUACGUGUAAUAUUGUAUUUUCUGAUUUUGUUUGGUGGAUUACUUGACGACCGUUUCGUGUCCAAGAGACUGAUGGAUGUUGGGUUGCGCAACGUCAUUUCAACGUGGUGUUAUCUAAGAUAAGACCGAGCGUUUCUAAGAACGACGCCUUCGUAAACAAUGUUGUUGCAGGUUAGUAUGUAGCGGGUUAGUGAGGGUCAGGAAAGUGAGUUAUUGAAGUCGUGUACGGUCCAUAUUUUGCGAGAAAAUGCACAGCAACUGGUAUGUUGCCAACCCUUACUGAAAAUUAGAAAAUACGAGAUCAUACGAAUCUUUAUGGCUGAUAUUGC